UUCGUAUGUGUAUCGAUAAGCCACGAUUCCGGCCGAGUUUAAUAUUGAUCGUUUCGGUGUACGUGGAAUUGUAGGUCACACCAAAAAUGAGUUUUAAAACCGCGCCAAAAAUUUCUCAGCGCGAGAAAUUCGAAUUAAUUAACUCAGAAGUGCGUUCCUUUUAUGAAUAUUGUAAGGAAGCCGGAAUUAGCGAUGAAGAGAUGGACAUCAUAUGUCGCCCUUUGACGAACGCUGUACGGAAGGCGUCAAUCAAAAGAUGGACCAGGGCAUUCCUGGUUCUUGUAAUGAUAAUAGCGAUUGGAUAUACUGUGAGCCAGACCGAUACUUUUCAAUGGCAUGCGACGGCAAUAGCUAGAAUAACAUUGAUAAAGUUACUACCUGUUUGGGAUUGGACGCCUCUGUAUUAUAAUAAGUGUCUCAUUGAAAGAUCGCAGCCGCAGAAUCUGGAUAAUGAUGUUGUUUCAACGUCUGAUUGUAUUACAUGUGAAACGAUAAGAAACAUCGCUCGAGUAUCAGAUACGACUUACAACGAGGUUUUCAACCAUCACUUGCUCAGAGGCGCACCAGUGAUCGUAACGGAUGCCUAUUACGAUUGGUCGGUCUCCGAACUGAACAUAACUAAUUUCAUUAGCAGUGAUGACAGACUCCGAGAUUCCGUUCCCUGCAGGAUCCUCACAAACAUACGUAUUGGUAAACAGCCUAUGGACUUAGAAGAAGUAGUUAUCAGAAUAACUAACACCGACAUACCGAGCUGGUUUGUUCAUUUCCAGAACUGCGAUAUUCGGGCAGUGAAAUCCCUCAGAAUCCUUGCCCCGAGGCCUUACUUCCUCGCCCCCCACAUUCCUCCAUCGCACUUUAAUUGGCUGUUGUUAUCAAAGAACUACGAUACCCAUAGAUUUAAGCACUUGGAACUCGACAUAGGUCUGAUUAUUAUGUCUCAAUUGAGGGGAAAAACGUUCGUUCAAUUGAGACCAAGAGCUCCCUGUGAAGACAUCUGUUAUACUUUGAAUGUUCAGUUGAAUGAGGGCGAUACCCUGGUCCUGAGUAAUUCUCUGUGGGAAUUGGACUAUUUUCCGGGGAAGGGCGAAAACAUGGCGAUGAUCACUGAGACGGACUGGAUCGAGACAUAAUACACGUACUUAUCUGUAGCGGAAAAAUUAUAAUAGCGUUUCAUGUCAUAUUCACGUAGAUUAAAAAGUCAGCACGUUUUUGAAAUGGCACUCUCUUCGUAGUAUAUUUAAAUGUUUCCUAAGCACGUAUUCAAAGGUUAUAUUAU